UUCAAAAACCAACGGCGUUUCUUCAACAAGUCUUUUUCGGAUUUGGCAUGAUGAAACGAGUGAUAUACAUCAGUAUUUUUGUUUCAAUUUUUGGACUAGCGUUAAGUACUGAAUCAAUACUUAACGCCCUCAUUACAUCGAUAUUUGCUGGCUAUGACCCGUCAGUAAGACCUAUCUGUAGGGGAUAUGAGCAAGUAAACGUGUCUUUGGACUUGGGUUUAAGAGAGUUAAUUGACUUGAAUGAGCCACAACAAAUCAUUAAGCUCAAGCUCUGGAUACGGCUGCUUUGGACAGAUUGUUUACUGAAGUGGAAUCCAAAUGAUUAUCAUAAUGUAUCAAAUGUGGUAGUGCCGUUUAAAAAUAUUUGGACACCCGACUUAACUUUGUUCGAUAGUGUAUCAACAGAAUUUUGGGGAUUGGACAAAUUCAGGGCAAUUAUAAGUUUUGAUGGAACUGUCCAGUACAAUUUUCCAACUGUUAUGGAAGUACAAUGCCAAGUCGACGUCACAAAGUUUCCUUUCGAUCAACAAACGUGUCCAUUACAGUUUGGAUCAUGGAUCUACACAGGAAAACAGCUGGACAUGAACCUUCAAAGUGAUCAUGCCGAUCUAUCGGAACUGAAACAAAAUGUAGAAUGGGAUGUUACUGGUGUGCCUGCUGUUAAACACAUAAAAUAUUACGCCUGCUGUCCAGACCCAUACAUUGAUUUAACAUACAACCUCUAUCUGAAAAGGAAACCAAGAUAUUAUAAAACUAACAUUAUCUUGCCGUCUAUGAUCAUCACUUUAUUGGCUGCUCUUGGGUUUAUACUUCCGGUAGAUUCUGGUGAAAAAGUGUCCCUUGAGGUGACAGUAUUACUUUCAUUGACAGUGUUUCAACUACUAAUCGCUGACAAACUACCACCGUCAGAUGAAGCUCGACCAUGGAUAGGUUUGUACUAG